AUGGUUCAAGAGGCAGAUCUAAGGAUAGGACCAGAGGAGUAUUUAGAGACAGACUACAAAUAUGAGAGAUCCGAUGGGGAGACUGAAGAAGCAGUAGAUGUUGAGGAAGUUCCUAGUGAAUCCUACCCCAUAGAGAUGAUACUGGACCAGCACCCGACGCAAGAGGAUCCCACGGAUCGGACGCGUUCCCUGGAGGAGGAGGUUGCCACCCUCAAGCGGCAACUUUUUGCAGCAGAGGCCAGAGCAGUACGAGCAGGAACUAUGGAAUCUCAUGGUACAGAACUCUGA